AUGGAAGGAUCAAGGGAUUUAUCACUUGGUCAAGCUGUUCGAGAGCCCGAUUGUCAUGGAUCGAUCAUUACUAGUCGCAACCUUGAGGUUCUGGUCUUCUGCGACACACACCAUGAACCUGCGGUUCAGCAUGAUGAUGCCAACUGUUCAAGACAUGGCUGCCUUGUUCGGCCUCUAUCCAAUUGGCGUGGAAGUGAACACCACCCUCAUAACCCCAAAGGCCCAAGCAAGUUUCAAGGCCGCUUGGCCUACGAUGGCCAGGCUUGCAGCUCGAAAGGUGAAGAACAUGCUCAAUUACUCCAGCUUCUACAACUCCUUCUGUGUGGAAGAUGA